AUGCAUAUCCUGGUUGUCAACGACGACGGACCCCCGUCGAACGAGUCUUCGCCCUACGUUCACUCGCUCAUUCACAAUCUUCAGUCCGCUGGUCAUGUCGUCUCCGUCGUCCUGCCGCACCAGCAGCGCUCGUGGAUCGGUAAGGCACACCUUGUUGGCGCAUCAGUGACACCGACGUACUUCCGACCCGGUACAUUGCACCAGGACGAUGGCACAGUACACCACCUACCGCGCGACGAAGAUGAUGAUGGCGACGAGUGGAUCUUAAUCGAUUCGACUCCCGCCAGCUGCGUCCAGAUCGGACUGUACCAUUACUUCCAGGAUCGGGGCCCUAUAGACGUCGUCAUAUCUGGGCCGAACUACGGACGUAACACGACUGCACUCUUCUCUUUAUCAAGUGGCACGAUUGGAGGCGCUAUGGAGGCUGCUGUAUGUGGGAAGAAGGCUAUUGCUCUCUCAUAUGCCUUCAGUUCGCGGAACCACGAUCCCGUCGUCAUUGCAGAGGCGUCCAAGCACUCUGUGCGACUGAUUGAGUACCUGUGCAAGAACUGGGCUGAUGGUGUCGAUCUCUACACCGUCAAUGUUCCGCUAGAGCCAGGUGUCAGUGAGAAUAAGAUCUUAUAUACCAACAUGCUAGAUAACCGAUGGUCGUCCGGCAGCUGUUUCCAAGCCACCGAUGCUGAAGCCUCUGGAGAAGGCCCAGAGGUUCAGGAGCACAAGCUUCGACUGGCCGGCGAAACUGGGGAACUCAGUGCGAACGGAUCAGCGGACGGUGAGCCGAAAAAGAAGUCGAAGAUUCAGCAUAAGCAUUUUAAGUGGGCACCCAACUUCGCGGACGUGUAUAGAAGCGUGGAGGAGAGUCAACCUGGAAAUGACGGCUGGGCAGUGAAGGAAGGGAUGACUAGUGUUACUCCUCUCAAGGCCAAUUUCAUGCAUAUACCCGGAUUCACUCAGGGGGAGAUCAAGUUAUAUCCCGCUGUUGCUCUUUUAUUUCUGCGAGCAUUUUCUGCGAGCAUUUUCACUCCGUCUCUUAACAUGCGAGAUUCCCCAUACGUACAGCCACUGAUAGAGAACGCAUUGCGGAAUCGACUACGAGGAACAGUCUGCCAGGCGAUAUCCUCCCUUUCCGAUCUCCCGGACUCCUCAGCCCCCGUACUACAAUACCGGGAAUAUGAGAAGUUGGAUUUCGAACACGCCCUUGCACAUCCUUCUUCGUCAUUGAUCAACUCCUUUGUCAUCCGCAAGGCUCUGAUCCGGAAGCAUUACCUUUCCAAUACAGUUGCCAAUUGGAUUUCCAAACACCCUGAUAGUAUCCUCCGGAAACAUGUGAAACCAGCCGUGGACUUUGAGGUUGACUACGCUGAAUUUCUCGAUGAAGCCCUCAUGGAGGCUUACGAGCUGCGCGAGAGCUUGGAAGCUAAUGAGAGCAAGGCUGAGCAAGAUAAAGAGUGGUGGAUUCUAAAACCAGGGAUGAGCGAUCGAGGACAGGGAAUCCGCCUCUUCAAUAGCGAGGCUCAGCUGCAAGCGAUUUUUGAAGAGUGGGAGGAAGAUGAAUCUGAUGAGGAGGAUGACGAGGCCAAAGUUGGAGCUGAGCCUUCGGUGGAUGAGAACGCUACCAAGAAUGAACAGGGAGUCGUGACCUCUCAACUGCGCCAUUUCAUCGCUCAGCCUUAUAUCGAUCCUCCCCUUCUUUUACCGUCUGCAUCCAACAGGAAGUUUCAUAUCCGCACCUAUGUCCUUGCCGCGGGUUCUUUGAAGGUCUAUGUAUUCAGGGAAAUGCUGGCUCUGUUCUCUGGAGUGCCAUACCAAGCACCUUGGGAGGAGGAGGAUGAGGUGAGAGAUCUUGCGAGACACUUGACCAACACCUGCCUUCAGGAAGGAGGCAGCGCCAACGAGGGCAGCGUAAGACGCUUCUGGGACCUCGAAGACUCCGCACCUGGGCUACCUUCGAACUGGAAAGACAGCGUGUUUGACCAGAUCUGUGCCAUCACGGGUGAGAUAUUCGAGGCAGCAGCCAGAGGUAUGCUUGUCCACUUUCAGACCCUUCCUAAUGCUUUCGAGCUCUUCGGCGUGGACUUUCUGGUCGAUGACGCUGGAAAUGCCUGGUUGCUGGAGCUGAAUGCGUUCCCCGAUUUUGGGCAGACUGGCGAGGACCUUAAGGAGACUGUGGUAGGACGUCUAUUUGAGGAGGUCGUGGAUGUCGUUGUCAAACCAUUUUUCGGACUUGGGGAGGUGCCGCGUCCCGACGACAGCAUGGGCCUCAAGCUCGUUGCUAGUUUAGAUCUUGGCAGGAAGAUCUAG